AUGUCAUCGUCGAAAGCGGACGAGGUCGUCUGGCAGGACCGGGAGGUCAGGUUCGACUCCACGCCGGCUGAGAUGCAGUGCCGGAAGGGAGAGGUGGUUAUCGACUCAAUCAACUCCGUGGAGGACACCAAAGGCAACAACGGGGAAAGAGGUAUUGGGUUCAACACCGUCUUGAACAUGUCCAUCCGAAAAGCAAGGUCUCGCCUGAGGGGUAUCACCCAGGCCCUCUGUAUCACGUCCAAGUACAACCAAUCCCGCUUCGAGUUCGUUUUCACUAGCCUCGUCAAGAACUCGCCCCGGCUCUUCACCACCGUGCAAGCCGUACUCAGGGCGUACGAGACAUCGACACUCUACCGCGAUUUGAAGCUUCGAGGGUCGAUUAUAAAGGGCAAGCAGCUUGUCACGCUCCCGCUGGAACAGAUAUACAGCAAGAUCGAAGGUGUGUGGAACCUCUCCUCGGACCAGGGCAACCUCGGCUGCUUCUUCCUGACCAACGUUCGCCUAGUGUGGCACGCCAACCUCGCCCAGAACUUCAACGUCUCCAUUCCUUACAUGCAGAUGGUGCACGCGGCCGAUCCUAUUUUGGGGGUCGACUUCGAAGAGGAGGACAGCCCUCCAGCGAUGGAGUCGCGAACGGUGGCUGUGACGGACGAUGACGUGGAGGUGCUCGACACGGACGAAGCAGGGACGGACGCGUUCGCGGCUUAUUUCGCAGAGGCGAACAAGGCCUGCGAUAGAGAGGUUGUGUUCGACGCGGAGCUGGGUCUGGCGGUGGAGAGCCUGCCAGGAGGGGCCUCCACACAAAGCUUAUGGAAACUAGUCUGAUCUAGGUUUACGUGAUUGUUGUUCGCUGUUUGGGACAGCGUUGAUGAUGAGAAAAACAUACUUCACAUCUUUUCUACGCGUCGUGAGUCUUGUUGGCGGAUUGGUCUGCAUGAUCCUUCCCAAGUUGCUCAUGAUCUGGGGGACUUCUCGGCUGCUCCUGUCUUGGCGCCGUACCAAAUCCGGCCUACAGUAGACACAGUAGCCGACAUAUGUUCCAUCCUCUCUGCGGCGCGCUUAUGGAAUGAAGAUGCUGAGGGGUGGUGUACAUUUGGCGGAACAAACUACCGUAGUAUUCGCAAGUUGCUGCAGGUGCUCCUACGAGAAAGUUGUAGGCGUAUGUAAGAUGGGCACGGCAAACAGACAUGGUGAUGGAAUGAAUCGUUCGACGUACAAUUCGAAUCAUCCCCCCGACCUUCUCUCGUCUGGGAAUGCAGGAACGAACGAACACACGAAGGCCUUGUGGGCGAACGUUGGGUGUGCACGUUUCGACGUUCAUUUCGCGAUGCAGUCGACAGGAGCAGUCCGAUCACAAGUAGACUGACUGGUGCAGGAUGGCUUCCUACUAUGCAUAGAGAGGGCUGCUGUGUUGAUGCGUCAUUAUUGAGUCGGAGGGCGACGACCUCGCUUCUAGUCGCGAGACCCAGACAUAUGCCCCACCGUCCGGCAGUCAUUGCACUGCCCUCGUGAACGAACGGAACACGUCUGUCGUUGUAUGCCACUCGGUGAAGUGAAGGACGCAAGUGUGCACGUGAUCCCAGUGCUCAAAGGUCAUUCUUGACCCGCUAUUUAACCGCACGCCCAGAGACUACUCUGACUACCAAGAAGGUCAGGAGCAGCUAAACACCCCAAAUAGCAAGUGCAAUAGGAGUGAGGGUGACGGUGCUUGGCUCGCUUGUUCAAGACCCCCCUAUUGAUCGCCGUCUGAGAUGGCGAGAUGGAGAUGGGGAUAUCGAUCGCAACCGAGGCAUCAACCAGAUCAGCCCUCCGCUGUCGGCGUGUUGAUACAUUACAGCCCUCGAGAAAAUGUGCCUGAAAUUGCAUAAAACUCAACGUCAAACGUGUUCACCUAACGACACUUGACUGUUUGCUUUUAACUUUGGCUCCCCGGCGUCCUCCCGCUCCCCCUUUCCUGCCCUAACACCAUACAAGAUCCGGAUUGUCGGGUUUUCCCUCUUUACCGCGCACCGCCUUCUCACUUGAGAAACGAGAAACGUUGAAGUAAAGGACCGAUCAGAAGAUCAGAAACAAAAGAGGCGGGAGCAGGAUUCAGUACCACCGCAGGAGACUCCCCCGUACAUGCGCGAACGAAUACCUGACAGAAACAAGGGUUCUCCUCGCAAGCCGAUAAACUCUUCCCUCCCUCCGAUCCACAAAAACUUGACCAAGAAACAUGCCCGGUCUCGCCCAUUUCUUAACUUGCUCAAGCGUUCUUCGGCAAGAAAAUCUAGGAGCUACGGUACAGCCUCGGCCUCAUCAUUCACCUCGCCAUUGCGAAGCCCGAGCGCGACCACUACAGCUGCAGCAGCUGUU